AUGGAGAAACACUUUAUUCCUGAAGCUGCCGAUAGCGAGCACGGCGUACGGCUGUACUCGCUGCAUUUCGACGACCUAUGGCAGUGGGUAGAUGACGUUGUUGCAGAAUUACGGCCAAAAAGAGCGAAGAUCUCAUCUGUUUGCACUGUUGUUUACCCAGCUAAGCAGGCCAAACGCGAGCGCGCGAUAAAGCGAUUGCGGCGAGGUGUUGAUGCAACGUGGAAUAGCUUUCAGCGCCUUGUUGUAGAGGUUGAUAACUAUGUCAGCGAGCCAGUAAACGUCGAUUUCGAGCUCAUCUUGGCUGAAAUUCCAGGGGAGCAGCAGCCGUUGCCAACGGUUGUCGACGGUCCUCGUCGACGCACCGCAACGGUGAUUCAAGAGGAGGGGCUUGCUGGUGUAAUAGCAGCUGAACAAGCAGGUAGCGGGCAUGCUAUUGCUAUCCGGGAUAGAUGGCGCUGUACAGAUACCCAUUGCGAGAACUAUCCUUAUUGCUGCUGGAUGGCGCCAACAGCGAGGCAGCCAGCGCGCUUCGAAGAUCACCUCUUUGUCAACGGCAACAUUAUCUCCAUGUGGGCAAGAGCAAUUACAGCGAGAAGGGCAACGUACGAUGAGCCAUCUGAUGAUGUACGGCUUGCAAUUUUGAGAGCAAAGGACCUGCGGGUGCAUGAGAAAACGCGCAAGUUGCGGGCGGCUGGAGAUGGCGACGAUGAUAUCAAAAGCUUAACAAAACUGCUCAUCGUUGGACAGCUUGAGCGGAUGAACAGGCAACCUCAACAGGAGUCUAACUUGCAGGCAGCUGCACCAACGAUAACAAGAGCUGAGGUAUCUAGUGCAUCUCAGUGGGCGCCUAUCCGAUAUGAUCAUGAGCAGGAGAUUAACGAGCAUACUAGUAAUUUCUUUAACUACCUUAAGUUAAAAUUUCCUACAGUUGGAGAGGACAUUAACGAGCUUUAUAAGACUCUUGUUAUUGACGGAGCUAUGGAUAUCAACCUCUUGAUGCAGCCAUCUGGUGAUAUCUUGAAGUUGUGGACGCAGCAUUUCAAGCAGCCUCCUGGCUGGUUUUUCACGCUACAAAACACUGCAAAAGAAUGGCAAGCUGGGUACCAGGGUCUCACAGAUCGUAACUGGAGACGAGUCGAACGUUGUAAGAAAAGAGAAGAGAUUGCGCGCAAGAAAUUGGUGGUUGAACCGUCUAGCAGUGUUGUGGAGGAUGAUGGCGAGAAUGCUUGAAGCUUAGUGGCCUGAGCGUUUUUGGUGACAGCGGCCCGUGCCCGCUAUAGUGUUGAGGUUUUUCAGGCGUUUCAAAUGCGCUGCAACAAUAGUCUAUUUGGAUAGCCCUAUGUACAACACUACAACGUUAUGCGAUUAUAACAGGUUAACUUCCUAAGAUAGUUCUAUAUGUAUAGAAAUAGCUCUUAUUUUUUUAGAAUUAUUAAAUCGCUUUUGUGGGUUGCGCAUUAAGGUGUAAUCGUUCGCAUUUGUAUGGUAUCAUCUACCUAUAGAAACGUACUGUGGCAUCCAUUUAAAAGCACAAUUAAUAGGGAUAGCCACACCUAUGGAACCAGCUUCUGCAGUUAAUAUUACAGCACACCAGCUGCGCUGCAUACUCAAGAAAGACCCCAAAGUCAAUGAAGUUCUCCGCUUGCGCUGAAUUCCUUUUCAUCCACCCCUUGAGCUGCUUAAAGCUCUUCUCGAUGGGGUUGAAAUCUGGUGAGUAUGGCGGCGGAGUGGCUCACUCUGCUCCUUUGCCCGCUUUGUUGCAAGCUUGCGAGACCAUCUCAUCUUCUCUAGCUCUCGGUAAACGCUCGCAAGGCUUAUCCUAACGUCGUACUCGUCGUACAAGAAGUCCCUCAUCUCAUCC